AUGAUAACUUAUUACUCAAAGCAAUUAAAAAUAAAUACCAGUUUACCUAUCGUUAUCACCAGCGAAGUAUUUACGUUAAAAGUUUCUGCGUCAAUUGAAAAACAGUCGAAACAAUGGGUGAUGAUGGUAUUCAUUGAAGAAAACAAUGCUCGAAAUUGUUCAAUUUUCAUUGAUCAUGACGACGAAGUUGAGGUAACAAGGACACUGGGAUUCGAAAUCCGUAAAAUCUUGGAGGAACGGGAAACCAAAUGGAUCCUGUGUUUAAUCACUUAUAACAUUAUAAUUACCCACUAUCUCUGUAGUUGGGUUACAUCCACUAAUAGCGUAGCAUUGAAUGCAUAUGUCAAUACACUAAUCUUCAACAUAUUCACACUAGUAGUCUGUUUUAUAUCAGUAUGCAUAUCACGGCGGAGUUUAUCGACCCCAAGCUAUUCCAAGUAUGAAAAUCAUCAUCGUUCGUCUUCUAGUUGUUUUGUGAGACCCGCGGUUAUUAAGUUUGUCAACGUGAAUACCAAUGGCGGCCACAGCAAUAGCAAUAUCACCAAAAAUGGUUUAUCCACUGGAAGCAAUAACGACAAAACAUUAGCGACGAAAUUAUCGCUAUCAUUUGAUCAAAGAUAUGAGGUGCUAGCCCUUUUGAUCUCCACAUGCAUCGUUCUUAUUCUUCAGGCGCUUGUGUCUAUUGAAAUAAUUAUCCGUAUCGGUAAUCAGCCUCGGAUUAAUGCUGGCAGAAUAGGAUUUGGAGCAAUACUCGGGUUCUUUGCCCAUAUCGGAACGAUAGUAGCGUAUCCAGAUGCUGGGCUAAAUCAUGUAAUUUGUUGCAUACCGUGUCCUACUUUCAAAGGAUGUAACCCAAUAGUCUCUGGAAAUGUUAUCAGCGCCGUUGUCCUGGAAUUCCAUAUAAUUGAUACCGCAGCCGCAUUUAUUUUAAUUGGCCUGACUACGAGGACUAUUUUACCACUUGCUUUUUAUACAUUCAAUGUUAUGUUAAAAAAAGCACCCGAUUAUCUGAUUGAUGAGCUAGAUAAGUGUCUAAAAGAGGCGUUGAAUGUCGAUGGGGUUCUAGAGUUUCGUAAUGAAAAAUUUUGGAUCCAAUCAUUUGGUAAAUUAGUACGUAUUAAAAUUGAAUACUCUACAAAAAAGGAGUUUGAUUGA